AUGCACUUCUCCAAAAAUUCCAAUAAAAUUGAAAGCACUGGUGGCGAAGCUAUUCAAAAUGACUGGGAGUUUUUUAAGGAUAUGGAUAGCUUUUUAAGAAAAGAUCUGAGUAUAGUUGCACCAAUUACAAGUGACUCAAUUUAUGGGAUUAAGCGUAAAGAACAAGAGAAUGCUGAAGAACAAGUCAAAGAGAAUGACUUUAGACAACAAAAAAAAGCACGUUCUGAAGAAAAAAAAACAAAUAUAGAAGAGAUUCGAACUCUUAUUAAAGAACAGACUGAUACUAUCGCUGAAAUUAUGAAAGAACAAUAUAUUCAUGCUUCUGAAGUUCAGCAAAAGCAGCAUAAUGAACAAAUGGAACUAUUUAAAAUGUUUCUAAUGAAAUUUUAA